CUCUUGUUUCUUAUGUUAAAAACCAUAGAAAUGGAUCAUAUCAAAAUUUUUUAUAUUUAAACCAAUGUCUAAUAAUUGAUUCACCUCCAUUCACUGACAAUUGGGGUGGUCUUGAAAGCACUUGUUCAAGUCAGUUUUUAAGAGUAAUAGAGGAACAUGAUCCAAAUAAUUAUAAAGAUUUAAAAAAGGAACUUAAUUCUACAUCUCAAAUGACUUGGGUGGAAUCGUAUUGGAACAAGAUUGUAUAUGAAAAACAAAAGAUUUUGGUUAAACAAAUCCAUCUUACUGGUAGUCUUAAACUGCUUGGGGCUUCUGGAAAAAGAAAUGUACAGGAAUUAUUAACUGAAGGGAUUGAUUUAUCAAAGAAUACAGUUAUUUUAGAUGAAAUAGAUAAUAAAAAAAUUGGAAAUAAUGAUGUUGAAAAAGUACAAUCAUAUGCCUAUUUAAGAUUUAUGGUUGUCAUUGCAAGAAUUAAUUCA